UCUCUAACCUCACGUCCAGGAUAUAAGAUCUCUAUAUGUGUUUGUGACACUUAUCGUUUGUUCCCAGGUCCAAUGGUACUGCAGAAUAACUUUGCGGUGGGUCAAAUGCGGCCAUCAAAUUGUCAGAAUGCUCAUGGUGCGGUCGUAAACGAACCGGAUCGGCUACAAGAUGGAUUCCAGGGCAGUCUCGAGGAUGCUGCAUCCACUCAUGGCUGCUCCAUAUUAAAUCGUUCAGAAUCAGGUACUGCAAUUACGGAGAGCUCCUAUGCAGCGAUCGGAGCAGAAACAGCUAAAGCCAGCUCUAGUCCGCUUGCUAUGAGGCCAACUCAGGCUCAAAAAUCCAGUUGCAUCACGAGUGAAGAUCCUCCGAAUCAAUCCACUGAGGCCACGGGACUUCAAGCUGCUGCUGAACACAGCCGCCUUGAAUCAGUAGACAAGAUGUUUACGUAUGAAAGUGUGUCCUACAUUCAUCCACUACGGCCUAUUAAUCAGACGGUGCCAGUGACUUCCGCUGCUGCUUCAAUGGACAAAAGAAAGAUUCGAACCAAAGAUGAGAGCGCAGAUGACAGCCAAAUACCCCUGCAGGUGUGUUGCCUGGCAGGUGAACCUCGCCCAAGUAUUGAAGAUGAUGCAUACGAGAACGCACACCAGAAGACUGCAUAUGACCAGGAUUUCAAUCCGGAUCAGUACGAUAACGUCAAGUUUGUUGGCGGAGCUGGGAAGCACCAGACCACUCCAGCAAAUACAGGAGAGUCUAUCUACGACAACGAAGUGAUACUUGCCAAGAUGGAGCCAACUGCUGCUAAUGACCACACAUAUAACACUCUCAGGGAGGUAACAGAGCCCGUUCCAGUCCUGCCGAUGUUACCAUACGACGUAUUGGAUCCUUCUCAGGUUCCUAUCAACAAUGUAACUCCCGCGUCCGGAAGUUCAACAGAACAAGCCAAGGCGAAUGCUCAUCAAGACGAAUGCACGUAUGAAAACACUCCAAAGAUAGCGAAGCAUUGAAUGUUCCUCCUAAAACUAUUAAUUCUCAGCUUGUACUUUCAUCGUUUACAAUAAAUAUUAAAACCCUGCUAAGGAUCGAACAAUGUUCACUUCAUGACAUGUACAUCUGGUAUAAAUAUGUCGAGUCGCCACUGGCUUUUCCGCAAUGCACGCAAAUUGUAUUUUACAUUCCAUAAAAGAGCAACACCCUUUCAAUCACUUUCUGGAAUUCAUGAAGGUUUCAACACAAAAGGUACCCGCGUUCAUUUUUUAAACGUUACAUAGGCUUGCGUGACGCGAGCUGUGCCAGGAUGUACGUAGUAACUGAUGGAUGGGACAGAGGCAUUGUACAUAUCACGUGCAUUUAGCACUUACCAUCGACCAUGAGUUACAAACCUAUCGUUGUUGUCUGUUAUUCUUUUUUUAUUUUUUGAUCUUUCGAAUAGAUAGUGCAUUGAGCACCUAUCAUUGAACAUGAGUUAUGUGUCUAUCGCCUGCUGUCUUACAUUUAUUUUUUACUUUUAUUUUUUGUUUUCCUCUCUGCUCACUCUGCCUGUCUUCUGGCACAUGCGAAUACGUGGACUUACUGUUGACGUA